GGUUUUCCCCGGGAAGACCUGGGGAUUUCUAGAAUAAUCGGGAGGAGCUUCAUCAUCGCCGGCAAUCCAUCGUCUUCCGUAUCCGAGGCUGCCAUUUCCAUUUUACAUUGUGAUCUAAUGUUUUGAGGUUUUGGGGAUUUCUGGGUAAAAGUCUUUUUGUUAAAGACUUGGUGUAUCUUUGCAAUAAGAUGUCGGUUUUGGAUAAAAGUGAUUCAAUUUGCAUUAGGGAAGUUUGGGCUGAUAAUCUUGAGUGUGAAAUGAAAUUAAUUUGUGAAAUUGUUGAUAAGUACCCGUACGUUGCCAUGGAUACUGAGUUUCCAGGUAUAGUCUUGCGCCCAAUUGGAAAUUUUGAGAGUAGCAAUGACUACCAUUAUCAAACUUUGAAGGCAAAUGUUAAUCUGCUCAAGUUGAUUCAAUUGGGUCUUACAUUCUCUGACCAGCAUGGGAAUUUUCCCACUUGUGGAACUGAUAAGUGCUUUGUGUGGCAAUUCAAUUUCCGGGAGUUCAAUCCAAAUGAGGAUGUGUAUGCAAGUGAUUCCAUUGAGCUUUUGUCGCGAAGUGGCAUUGAUUUCAAGAAGAACAAUGAAAGUGGUGUUGAUGCUAAGAGGUUCAGUGAGCUAUUGAUGUCCUCAGGGGUUGUGAUGAAUGAUGAUGUGCAUUGGUUGACGUUUCACAGUGGAUAUGAUUUUGGCUAUUUGGUUAAGUUGCUUACUGGAAAGAAUCUUCCAGACACACAGGCAGUAUUCUUCAAUUUGAUCAAGAAAUUUUUCCCUAAUGUGUAUGAUAUUAAGUAUCUAUUGAGGUACUGUAAUAACCUUCAUGGUGGGUUGAACAAGGUUGCAGAGAUCUUGGGAGUGCAGAGGGUCGGUGUUUCUCACCAAGCUGGUUCAGAUAGUUUGCUUACUAGUUGUACAUUCAUGAAAAUCAAAGAAAAAUACAUUAGUGGGUCACCAGAGAAGUACGCUGGAAUUUUGUAUGGUCUUGGCGUUGAGAGUUAAGAAUGAUGAAACACUGACUAAGAAAAAAAAAAUUAUGAGAUAAAAUAAAAAUAAGAUCUCUUCUUUAGAAUAUAUCUGUUGCUGUUCCCAUUUUUCAUAUUUUUCUCCUCUUUUCUUAUUUUCCUCUAUAUUUGUCAUUCAUUUUCUUUAUCAUGGAUAUCAUUGUGUGUUUUGUGAAAACCAAUCUGAGCCUGAUUUUGAUGGCAUGGCUAAGAUAAUUUUAGUUCUGUUGCUAGGUAGAUUUAUCAUUGCCCAUACACAAGUUUCACUACUUCAGUUUGUUUUCUUUUAAUUUUGUUUGUGAAAGUGAUUAUAAGUUUUCAAUAAAUUCAGUCUUUCAUCCAGGUUUGUAUCUUUAAUGAAUUUACUUUAACAAAGCAAUUAUAUUUGUAAAGAAAGCUUUUUCUCUGCUGGUUAGUUGAUGGUCUGAUUAUGCUGCAGAUAACUAGCUUUCUUGUGUGGUUAAUUUUGACCUGCAGUUGUAAAGUAUGGCAUUCAUUAUUAGUAAAUUCCACAUUCAUGGUUAAUCCUACUGGCUGUUUGAUGAAUUCUGUUUUGUAAAUUAUAAUUUAUUCUUUUUAUUCCUAAUAUCCACUGUUGUAUACUUCCCUGAGAUAAGUUAAAAAUUCCAUGGGUUGCUUUUUUCUGGUGGUUUAUAGUUUCCUGUAAGCAUUCAAAGGUUGCUUUAAUAGUUAUCUGGUAGAAUUCUCUAUUGUUUUUCCAUUUUAGGGCUUCUUUGAUCUUGUUACCUUUAGAUUUUCUUCCACCUAUCCCAGCUUAUGUACUUGCAGUCUUAUUCUCUGUGUGGCAAUUGGCCUCUUCAUUCUUCAU